CCAAACCCAAACCGAUCGAACUAGUUUCUGGUCCACGUGUACGGCCACGAUGAGGCUCCACGAACUCUGAUCGUGCGGCCCACCAUCUAAAUAUCUUUCUCCUCAAACAAACACACAGCUACAAACACAGCAACAACAACCCAAAAAAUAAAAAAAUCCAAAAACGGAAAAAACCUCUCAAAAUCGAAUCCAAUAUCCAAACUGGCCCCAUUUGCUAGAUCUCGCCGCAAUCCACCGUCCGUACAAUCUCCGGCGUUUUUUCCGGCUGAUAUCCACCGUAUCUUCCAUCGAUCUCCGAUCACGGAUCGUGCGGUUAUCAGAGCGUCUUGUUGUUCUUUCUCGCGACAGAUGAGUUUUGAAUAAUUGGCGGCGAGCUUAACGGUCCACUACGUUAUGUAGCAUUUGUUCUUUCAUUAGCUAUUAAUUUAAUCAUCGACCAAUUAGAGAAGUGCGAGGAGAAUCGCAGAGAGGAAUUUGAAGUACAAUACAAAAUGUCUUUCCAGAAUCAGGGCUUCUGGAUGAACAAAGGUGCUGGAUGUAUAAAUGAUGGUGAGACAGCUUAUGAUAAUUCUUCCAGGAUUGAGCCGAAGCGUGCUCAUCAGUGGUUCAUGGAUGGCCCUGAGGUGGAGCUGUUUCCCAGCAAGAAGCAGGCAGUAGAGGUUCCAACCAAUAAUUUAUUUUCAGGAAUGUUGAAUCCAAAUGUUUCUCCAUGGGGAAAUGUGCCCAGUUUUCAUUCAUUCUCUGGCCAAUUUACUGAACGGUUAUUUGAUUCCGAAACAGCCAGGACUGCGAAUUUUGAUGACAGAAAUAUUCCAUCACUUACCACCACAGAGAAAAUGAAUGUGGGAAGAAAGCUUGAUGAGGAUACAUUUGGGAAUGAUUCCUCAUUUGGUCUAUCAAUGUCACAGACACUAGAAGAUCCUAGACUAGGUUUAAAUUAUGGUGCAUUUAGAAAAGUUAAAGUCAGCCAAGUUAAGGACUCUGAAAAUGUUAUGUAUGUAUCAAUGCCACAUGCCUAUAAUCGUGGUGAUGACAAUACCAUGUUAACAGCUCAUGCUUACAAGGCAGAUGACAAUUCAAUAUCUAUGGGUCUCACAUAUAGCAAAGGGGAUGACAUCAUAUCUUUAGGCGACGCCUAUGACCGGGUGGAUAACAAUUUCAUAUCAAUGGGACAACCUUAUAACAAGGGGGAUGAAAACAUAUCAAUGGGUCAAACAUACGGAGAAAACGCUAAUUCUAUAUCAACAUGUCAGACAGUCAGCAAUGGUGACAACAAUAUCAUUUCUAUUGGUCAACCCUACAACAAGGCAGAUGACAAUACCAUGUCAACCUGUCACAUCUUCAAUAAGGUAGAAGACAAUUCGGUACCAAUGGUUCAUACCUUCAACAAGGAUGAAAACAGUACCCUAUCAAUUGGUCACUCUUAUAAUAAGGGAGAGAGUACUAUCAUAUCUUUCGGUGGCUAUGAUGAUGAUGAUGAUAGAAAUCCCUCAGGAAAGCUAAUGUCUAGUUAUGAACUGUUGAUGGGUCAUCCUUCAGUGCAAAGAUCAGAGUCAGUAAAUGAGAAAGAGUUGGUUAAAUCAAGUGCUGAUGCUCAUACAAGUACUGGCCUGAUAACUUCUUCUGGAACUGAAAAUGUUUCCAAAAAGAAAGAUGAUCUAAAAAUGUCCAAGAAGGUUCCUCCAAAUAACUUCCCAUCAAAUGUCAGAAGUUUGCUAUCAACUGGUAUGCUGGAUGGAGUUCCUGUAAAGUAUACUGCCUGGUCACGGGAGGAACUUCGUGGCAUUAUAAAAGGUUCUGGAUAUCUAUGUGGCUGUCAGUCAUGUAACUUCUCCAAGGUGAUCAAUGCAUAUGAAUUUGAGCGUCAUGCUGGAUGCAAAACAAAACAUCCAAAUAAUCACAUCUACUUUGAGAAUGGAAAGACUAUUUAUGGGAUUGUCCAAGAGCUCAGGAGCACGCCUCAAAAUAUGUUGUUUGAAGUUAUUCAGACUAUAACCGGCUCACCUAUCAAUCAGAAGUCCUUCCGCCUUUGGAAAGAAUCCUUUCUAGCUGCAACACGUGAACUUCAGCGUAUAUAUGGAAAGGAUGAGGCGAAGCAACUAUCAUGAACCGAGCUGAUUUAAAUUGUAAGGUAGGAUCAUCUUCGUUUUGUGCAUAGAAGUCAUCUUUUUUUGUCUAUAUCUUGUACUCAUUAUGGUGAUUGCACCACUAACUUAAGGGUUUGGAUACUUUUCUAAUUUGAGGGCAAGGUACAUGGUGGGACUAGGAAGUUCUGUAUGAUGACAGUUACUUAUUAAAAAAAGGAACACUGUAUGAUGACAGAUUGUAGUUCGUGGUUUUUUUUUUUAAAGAAAAAAUGAAAUUUAAGAUGUAACCUGUUGGCGGAAA